CCUUUUUUAGGGGUUGUUACCCCACCCUAGAAAAUUACCAUAAAUUCGCCUUGAUUUGAGUACAUUCGAAUAACCUGCCAAUGUAAAAACCAAACAAUCCUUGUCAUCAACACCUCCAGAGAAGGGAUCCAAGGCAUAAAAAAGAUAAAUAAAUAAAACAUGAUUUGCCGACUGUGCUUGGAGGAAUCUUAUAAUACUUUCGAAAUCUUUUCCGAGAAUGGAGGGACAGAAACUGCUAAAACCAUUGCCAAAUACUUUCACAUCGAGGUCCAACGCAAUGAUAUUAUUUCUAAAAAAAUUUGCGAAAUUUGCUGGCAGCGUAUAUUCGAUUUUCACAGCUUUUGGUUGACUAUAGACGGAAAGCAAAAAACACUACAAACGCAUUUAGCUGGUACUGAAAUAAAACCAGAUUUUGAUGCCUUUGAAACUGAAGAAUUCCCAGGAACUAAUUUAAGCUCCCACAUCCACUAUAAAAGUAGUGAGUUGCGUGAGCCGGAAAUCGACAUAAUUGGCGUGAAAACUAAUGUAUUCGUAGAUGAAUUAGAAAUUGAAGUAAAUCAAAUUAAGGAUGUAGAUAUCAAAGAAGAUCAUGUUUCUAUUCCGACUCUAUCGCUUACUUCUGACAAAGAAACAAAACAAGCCGUUGGAGUUAAAAACAGUAAAAAGCGUAACCCCAAUAAAAAGAACUCUUCAAAGGCAACGGGAAGGCAUGCAAAAAAUCUUAAAAAAUCAAAAGUAAGCAUCGGACCGAAACACGAUAGUAAAGACAUUGAAGAUCUAGGUUCAAAAGCAAAAGCGAACGCAUCACAAGACUCACAACUAUCAAUGCGGGAAGUGGAUGAAUUUAUAGCAGCAAACACACAAUUGACCUGUUGCCUUUGUUCGGCACCACUUAAGAAUUUCACUGAAUUAAAGAAACAUUUUCGGGUGGAUCAUCAUUGUAACGGAUAUGUUACUUGCUGCAAUAAUCGUUAUCUCAGACGAACAUUGUAUGUCGACCAUCUCAAAUUGCAUAUGGAUCCAGAUUUCUUCAAAUGUGCAAUAUGUAAUAAACAACUUAAAAGCCGGAAUAAUUAUAAAAAUCAUAUGAACACAAGGCAUCCGGAUGAAGAAAAAUUGCUUUAUCAAUGUAAAUCGUGUCCGCGCAAAUUCGCUAAACGAUAUAUAUUGGAUUAUCACCUGAAGUAUAACCAUCAACCAGAACGUAAUCAUAUCUGCAAAACUUGCAACAAGGGGUUUAUAAAUUCUUCAGUUUUAAAACAACACGAAAGGACCGUCCAUUUGAAUGCUUCUAACUCUGUAUGUGAAGUGUGCGGAAAGUGUCUAAAAACACAACAAAAUCUGCUUACGCAUAUGGAAGAUAUGCACAGUAGGGAACCUCGUCCAGAAGUGCAAUGCAAAAUUUGUCAAAAGUGGCUAAAAAACAUACGUUGCCUUAAUAAACACAUGAUUGGACAUCGCGACCAAACAUCUGGACAACCAUUUAAGUGUACACAUUGUGGAGCAGAAAAGAGUACCAGGCAUGCUCUUACCUCCCAUAUACGGUAUCAUCACUCAGGCAGAACUUUUACAUGUACAAUGUGUAGCAAAGAAUUUAAAAGUCCACGCGCUUUGAAGGAACAUGAGAGUACGCACACCGGUACGUAUUUAUAUACCUGUCCAUUUUGUCCCAAGACGUUCAGAUCGCAUGGUAACAUGCACAAUCAUAGGGUGAGUCAUUCGGAUAAAUAUGUUCCUAGCCAUUCACAACCAAACGAGGCCACUAAAAGGUUCCUUAAUACAUUACCAGAAAAUGGAAAGCACAUUUAAAAAAUAAUAAUAAUAAUAAAAAAUUGUA